UGUUUGCUCCCGCCGCAGCAGCCACCGCCCCCUGUCCCCGCCUUAAUCCCGCCUCUUCGGUCUGGGCUGCCUGGCGGGCUGGGCCUGCGCUUGCUGAGGGAGCGGAGCAGAGCCCAGUCAGGGGCUGGGAGCAGCCAUGAUGGAAGGCUCGGACGACGGCCCAGAUUUCCUUUCCGAAGAAGACCGAGGACUUAGAGCUGUCACUGUGGAUCUGCAAACUGAUGCUGCCUUGCAAGUGGAUAUUUCAGAUGCUCUUAGUGAAAGGGAUAAAGUCAAAUUUACCGUCCAUACAAAGAGUUCUUUACCAAACUUCAAACAAAAUGAGUUUUCAGUUGUCAGACAACAUGAAGAGUUUAUCUGGCUUCAUGAUUCCUUUGUUGAGAAUGAAGAUUAUGCAGGCUAUAUUAUUCCACCAGCACCACCCAGGCCUGACUUUGAUGCCUCAAGAGAGAAAUUGCAGAAGCUUGGUGAAGGAGAAGGAUCGAUGACUAAGGAAGAAUUCACCAAAAUGAAACAAGAACUAGAAGCUGAGUAUUUGGCAAUAUUCAAGAAGACAGUGGCUAUGCAUGAAGUCUUCUUGUGUCGUGUAGCAGCACACCCUAUCUUGAGGAAAGAUUUAAAUUUCCAUGUCUUCUUGGAAUAUAAUCAAGAUUUGAGUGUUCGUGGAAAAAAUAAAAAAGAGAAACUUGAAGACUUCUUUAAAAACAUGGUUAAGUCUGCAGAUGGUGUCAUUGUUUCAGGAGUAAAGGAUGUAGAUGACUUCUUUGAGCAUGAAAGAACAUUCCUCUUGGAGUAUCACAACCGUGUCAAGGAUUCGUCUAUCAAGUCUGACAAAAUGACAAGAUCCCACAAAAAUGUUGCAGAUGACUGCAAUAGAAUUGGUUCUUCAUUGUAUACAUUGGGAACACAGGACUCCACAGAUAUAUGCAAAUUUUUUCUGAAAGUUUCAGAAUUGUUUGACAAAACAAGGAAAAUAGAAGCACGAGUGUCUGCUGAUGAGGACCUUAAACUAUCAGACCUUCUAAAAUACUACCUAAGAGAAUCGCAAGCUGCAAAGGAUCUCCUGUAUAGAAGAUCUAGGUCAUUAGUGGAUUAUGAAAAUGCUAACAAGGCACUGGACAAAGCAAGAGCAAAGAACAAAGAUGUGCUUCAAGCUGAAACUACUCAGCAGAUCUGCUGUCAGAAAUUUGAAAAAAUAUCUGAAUCUGCAAAACAAGAACUUAUAGACUUUAAAACUAGAAGAGUUGCUGCAUUCCGGAAGAAUCUAGUAGAGCUGGCAGAAUUGGAACUGAAACAUGCUAAGGGUAACUUACAGCUGUUGCAGAGCUGUCUGGCAGUGUUAAAUGGUGAUACAUAAACCAGAAUCCGUCCUUCCAUUUAUAAGGGCUGCCUUCUUCUGGAGUUUUUUCAUGACUUUAAAUUGGUGUUUACAAUUCACUGGAGAAAUUGGUUGAUACAGGACACAUAAACAAGCUCCUUUUUUCUGGAAAAAAAAUAUAAGCCCAUCUAAUUCCAGACUAUAUGAAACAGCAUACUUGUUAUACAUACACAUAUUUCCACAUUAAUUUAAUCAUUGUAUGCUCUUAUUCAGAAAACCAAACAUUCUGGGUCUUUUUCUUUUUUGUGAAAGUAGCCAAUAUUAUGUUCUUGUUAAGGCUAGUAUUAAGUAUUGCUGCCACUCUUAUUUUACUACCUUUGUAACUUCUGAAGUUGAUAAUUUGAAACUAAUUGAUUAAAUAUUGCCACUAGGUGUUUGAAUAUUGUUGCUAUAAAGCAUUGUCUUGGUUAUUCCACAUGUUAUCAAGCAUCUUAAUUUUUUUUCUUCAAAUAACAUUUCCUAGAAAUUUUGGAGCAAACUUUAUGUAAUCUUUAUAAUAGGACUUCAAAAGAAAAGCAAAUGCAUUAGUAUGCUUGCCUUAACUUGUAGACUAAUCCUAAUUAUUGUAAAAUAAACUGUGAAAUCAGUGACUUUUUCUAAAA